UGGCCCAAAGUAAAGAGUAUUGUUACAGAAAUCACUUCAAUUUGUAACUCAGUUCGACAGUUGGCUCGACAAUGUGAUGAAGAUUCGGUCACAAUUAGUGCUAUAAAGUCACUGAAUCAAAUUGAACCAUCGUCCAUGUACACACAAUUGUUUAAAGAAGUUAUUCUUGAAAUCAAUUUUGAUCGAAAGAAUGAAAUUCAAGCUCUAGUACAGUAUGUACGUAAAAAGUAUGAAAGUGACGAUAAUCAAUUAAAAAUUAUUGAUGAAUUUGCUACAGAAUAUCGUGAUGAGUCCGAUGGUAACAACAGACCGAUUUGGUGGUAUACACGUGAGUGUUUUACGUACUCCAUGCUGAACAAAGCUUUGGGUGUUUUACAAGUUGAUACCCUACUUAAGAUGGGAAUCUUCAUGCGUGAUCUUCAUCAAAAUAUCACCAAGCUACAUGCCAAGCAAUUGAAUGAGACAUUCAAUGACUCGCAACAAAUAUUGACAGUUUAUCGAGGUAAAACAAUGUUAAAAGAAGAUUUUGAAAAUAAAAUCAAACAAGGCGGACUGAUGUCUUUUAAUAACUUCUUAUCAACAAGUGAUAAUCGAGCUGUUGCUCUCGAUUUUAUCUCAAAAGGUCUUAAAUCCGCUGAUCCAAAAAAAGUUGGUGUUCUAUUCGAAAUGACAAUCGAUCAAAAGAUGUCAUCAGCUCAAGGGGGAAACAUCGUACUUUUGUACUUUAAAGUACAUAAAGUAUAUGAAGUACAGCGACGUACCGCAAAGUACAAUAAAGUACUUUAA